ACCUGAGGAGGACCCCACUCCGCCUGGCAUGAGCCGGAGCCGCUGCAGCUGCUCCCCACGGCCCCCCUCCAGCUCGUGCCGCUGCAGCUCCAGCGCCCUGACAGCCGCCGGGCGCCCUCGGCCCUCGGACAGUUAUAAAGAAGAAAGUUCCACACUUUCUGGCAGAAUGAAGUGUGAUUUUAACUAUAACGGUGUUCAUUCUGGACUUAAACUGGUAAAACCUGAUGACAAUGGAAGAGUAGUUUCCUACACUCCUGCAUAUUUGGAAGGUUCUUGUAAAGACUGCAUUAAAGACUAUGAAAAGUUAUCAUAUCUUGGGUCACCAAUUGUGAGCCCCAGAACUGUAGAACUUGAACAAACUGAAAGCAAGCCCUUGCAUAACAAGGAAAAUCAACAUGUGCAACAAACACUUAGUAGUUCAAAUGAAAUAGAAGAACUAGAGACUAAUGGACCUUAUGAAGACAGUGGCUAUUCAUCAUUUUCCCAACCAGGUGGCCUCAAUGAACAUGAAGAGGGUAGCCUUCACCUGGAAGAAAAUUUCAGUGACAGUCCACAAUCUUACCUGCUACAGAUGCAAAGCCCAGACCAAUAUCCCAACAAAAACUUUCUGCCAGCUCUUCAUUUUGCAAAACUGGUUUGUUCAACAUUGAAAAAGAAUGCCAAACGAAAUCCUAAAAUAGAUCGGGAGAAGCUGAAGGAAUUUAUAUCCAGUGAUUUUAGACUACAGAAUAUAAUUGGCAGGAAAAUGGGACUAGAAUAUGUAGAUAUUCUCAGUGAACUCUUUCGAAGGGAUCUCAGACACGUCUUAGCAAAUAUUUUAACACAGCUCAAUGAUAUGGACUUAAUCAAUGUGUCUAAAGUGAGCACAACUUGGAAGAAGAUUCUAGAAGAUGAUAAGGGGGCAAUGCAGUUGUAUAAUAAAGCAAUACAAAGAGUUUCUGAAAAGAACAGUAAGUUUUCACCACAAGCUUCAACCAGAGAAUAUGUUAUGAUCAGAACCGCAUUAGCUUCUGUUCAAAAAUCAGCAGCCCAGGCUCCUCCCAAAAAAGGUGCUCGAACCAAGUUAUCUGAUCCAGGUGAUCAGAAAGAUUCUACAUACAGUCGGCACAACGAGUUCUCUGAGGUUGCCAAGACUUUGAAAAAUAACGAAAGCCUCAAAGCCUGUGUUCGCUGUAAUUCCCCUGCAAAAUAUGAUUGCUAUUUAGAACGGGCAACCUGCAAACGAGAAGGCUGUGGAUUUGAUUAUUGUACAAGGUGUCUGUGUAAUUAUCAUACCACCAAAGACUGUUCAAAUGGCAAACCCCCAAAAACCGGUUAUAAAAUGGGUCCUCUGCCUGGUACUAAGAAAAGCAAGAAGAAUUUACGACGAUUGUGAUCUCUUAUUAAAUCAAUUGUAUCUGAUCAUGAAGGUUAGUUAGAAGGUGUUAGGUUUUAAUUUAAAAAAUAAAUAAAAAUAAAUGUAUUGUGAUUUUUAAUUUUAUGUUGUAAUCAAUAUAGUACAUGGGAUUUUUCCCCCCAGUGAAUAAUGAGGAUACACGACCUCUUAAAAUAUUUUACAAUUUCAUGUGAAAAAGUUUAAAAUUUCUCAGUAUAAAUCACAAAAUUUAAAUAUUUUAAGGAAAAAGGAAAACUGGUUAAUUAUCUGAUAUUUGUGAUUCAGAGGUAAAAUAAAAUUGAUUCAGUUGUAUGGUAAAGAAAGGCCAUGUAAUUUUACCUAGACAAUCUUAACUAUAAAUCUUGUUUACCAUCUGUUAGCAUUUGAGACAUUUUAUUUGCCUUACCAAAUUCAUACCAACUGAAAUACCACCUUCUGGAGUCUGUUAAUUUAAAUGUUUUGUCACCUUUCUUAAACCUCUUUCUCAGUAUGUGUGUUUCCAAAAAAGUAUCCUUUGUGAAAUCUUGUUAUCUUUAUUUGUAAAGUCUGUGUGUUUUAAUAUUUUUGUACAUAUGUAAGUAUGUCUGUAUUUU